CCAUCACAUCACAGGGCGGCUCCACAUCUUCAGGCCGUGGGACAACACAUUCCUCUGCUGCUGGACUGCAGGAGGAGUCAGCUGACCAGAGGGUGAUGAGGAGGAGGAGGAGGAGGAAGGAGAGGAGGAUCCACGAGGUUUUUGAAGCCACAGGAAGGGGGCUGGGCCUCCCUGACAAUGCUCCAAGCCAAUAAGCACUUUCGCAAUCCCAACUUCGACCUGUGGACUUCACACUCAGGGUGCAGCACAUGACACAAACCUCAUGUGGUGACCGUGUGUAGGAAGGAGCAGAAGGAGCUGACAUGCAGAAUGUACCGGAGGAGUGGAGGGAAGGUGGGGAUGAGAGGAGGAUGAGGAGGGAGCUGAUGGUGAAGAGGAGAGGGGAUCCGGGGAGCAGCGAGGGGAUGAAGGGAGAGGAGGGGAGGAAGAGUGCAGGUGGAGAAGAGGUGGAGAGGGAGAGUCUGAUGAUGGAGCUGACGAGGAUGGUGCAGAAGAUAGUGAAGGAGAGCAGCUGGUGGGAGAGGAGGGGAGUCGACUGCUGCGUCCUGGCUGCAGCGUUCUUCUGUCUGCCGCCCGCCUUCCUGCUGCUGUCCUCCUCUCAGAUCCUGUGGUUUGCGGCGGGCGUGCUGCUGAUGGGUGUCGCUCAUGCUGUCCUCACCAUCAAGGGGACACAUCUGGCGAGCCACGGGACGCUGAGCGAGUCGCAGGCCUGGGCCAAGUUCUGGGCCGUCUUCUUCAUCGAGAUCUGUGGUUCCUUCUCGGCGACGGCCGGAGUGCAGGGUCACAUUAAGAUGCAUCACGCUCACACUAACAUCAUCGGACUCGGUGACUCCAGCGUCUGGAAGGUUCCCUUCCUGUCCCGCAGCCUCUACCUGUUCGUAGCGCCGCUGUCCGUCCCCGUCAUCACUCCACUCGUUGCACUCGCUCACCUCAGAGGUCACUCUUUGGUCCUGAUCGGCAGGACCAUGCUGAUGGUCACGCUGGGCCUGUAUUCACAGUACUGGCUGCUGAUCCACGUCUCCGGGUUCAAGUCGGCUCCCGGCGCCCUGCUCUGCAUGCUCGUCUGCAGGGCCAUGUUCUCUGUGCCGUACAUACAUGUCAACAUCUUCCAGCACAUCGGCCUCCCCAUGUUCUCUCCGACCCAUCGACCCAAGAGGAUCUACCAGAUGACCCAAGGCGUCUUGAACCUGCCUCGUAACCCUCUGCUGGACUGGAUCUUUGGACACUCUCUUAUCAACUGCCACGUGGAGCACCAUCUCUUCCCCUUCCUGUCCGAUAACAUGUGUUUAAAGGUGAAACCAGUCGUGUCCAAGUAUCUGAGUGAGAAGCAGCUUCCGUACCAGGAGGACACUUACUUCUCCCGCCUGAGCGUCUUCUUCCACAGGUACCAGGAGCUGAUGGUGUUUGCUCCUCCCAUCACAGAGCUGGUGGGGGUGCAGUGACGGAGAUGAACUGUUCAGACUCAGCACAAGCUUCAGGUUUGAGGGCAUUUCUGCCGACGUGACGUUUGAUCAACGACGCCGACUCGUUAGAUUCAUGUGUUUGGUCUCUAAUUAACAUGAUGGGUUGAUUUUCAAUGAUCUCAUCAGCCGUCAAUCAGUCAGCUUCAUUAGUUUGAAUGAGUCCCAGCAGGAGUUUAACCACAGCUCUUUAAACUGACCUGGGGUCUGUCUCCUGUUCAACUGAUUCAACUCACUCCAGUGACACGCAGCAUCCAGAGAAAGUUGAGCUUUGUGAGACAGGCCCUGUUUUAUUCUAACGAGAUUUAAUUUGUGUUGAAGUGUUAAACGAAUGUUUGAAUCCCAGUGAACGUCCCUGUAGCUACAGCACACAAACACACGUGUCUUUUUUUACAUGAUAAUAACUGUAACAUGAUUUUCAUCAGGAUUGUUUUUAGUUUUAUGGACUCGAUGUCUCAUUAAAUCCAAACAUCUGCUUCAUUAAAGAUGGAACUAAGA